CAGCUGAGCAAACCGUGGCACUGGAAGGUUAACUUUCACAAAGUCAUCACACAGGUAGCUGUUGUUGGAGCUAUAAUUCGGCUCUACUCCAUCUGGAAGUACUGUUUUUAACCAUGGGCAUAUGCCCUGGUGCACAGUGGUUAAGCACUCCACUGCUAACCAAAAGGCCAGUGAUUCAAACCAAACUGUUUUUUCUUGGAAUGCAAACAUGAUAGUCUGCUUCCCUAAAAAUUUACAGCCUUGGAAACAGUAGCGGGCAGUUCUAGUCUGUCCUAUUCGGUCACUAUGACUCGGGAUUGACUCCUCAGCAAUGGGCUUGGGAAUUUUUAACCUUGGCACAAUACUCUUGCUUUGAUUAGCAAACAUUAGGACGGAGAGAUGAAAAGCAGGGUGAGGCAAGAGGCACUUUGACUUUUACAAUAUUUAAGGAGGCCCUCGCUUUCAGGAUUGUGCAACUGCAAGGAUAGCCCUGAAUGCCUCCUUAAAUUUUGCACCUCAGGAGCUUCACUGACUAGUCCUUGUCCUGAUCCUGAUGAAGGGAAUGGUUGGAAAAAUAAUUGCCAAUAAAAGCACUGACAACCACUUCAUCAAAUACCUAUUUUACUAGGCAAUUUGUUAAAUCCUAGGGCUACAGGCUUAAAGAACUACAGUUCUAAUUAUAGAACAGUAACUAAUAAGUAAACAAUUUAAAAUUGGUAAGUAGGUGGAAAAUUAAAUUAUCACAUUUAAGUCUUACAAAGAAGUACACCUUAGACUUUAAAUAAUUGCUUAAUAUCACAAAGAUAAUAAAUCAUGAAGAGUCAAACUCAAGUCUAUUAAAAAAAAGAUACUGACUUGCAGUCACAGGAAAAAAAAAAAAGCUGUGUACAAUUGGCCAGAUUACUCAUACUGAGUCUCAAUAUCUUUAUAUAAAAGAAAAGUCGGUGCAGAAAGUUAUCUAAAGUGCUAUUUUUUAAGUAACAACCAAAAUUAUAACGGGUGCACACAGCACGGUGGGUAUAACAGCCAAAACCUUUCCUCCUCCUAACCCACGCAUAUAUGCACAGGUAACAGAAACCCUCCAUGCUACCGCUGUUUUUCCAGGGUGACUACAUUUAUUGUUUAUGUCUGAAUCAGUGUUCCCAGGCUAACUUCCCUGAAUAAAAUCCUCUUAUCUUACCUACUUAACAACCUACCAAAGAUAUUUGUUUUAUUCCCCUAUGUAAAAUGAAAUAUUGAGAGAAUUUGCAUUUUUCUUUCUAAAGCACCUAAUAUGAACUAUAUAAUAAGAACCUCUAUUUGUAAAAUGUCAAGUCAUGGAAGAACGAAGCUGUGAAAUAGGCAGUUAAAAAUAUAUGUGAAAACACAGUUUAUAAUAGAGUGUUUGAGAAGUUUGACUGAGAAAAUGCACAGAGAAGUACAACAGGAUUGCCAAGACCUGUAAUUAACUUGAAGUGAGAUUAGACCGCAAAGCUGAGUGUCCAUCUCCAGUAGUUGCCAAUUGCUCCAGUGCCUGUGCUGAGUCAGGUAUUGCUUGAUUUAUUCCGGAUUGUGCUUGGAAAGUAUAGUAAAAUGAUCUUAAAUUUGAGGGGACUGUUUACUGUGAUUUAAUAGGAGGUCAUGGGACAUAUGUAAAUAGUGUCAUUCUUAAAGUGUAAACAAUAGCAGUGAUCAUAAAAUACAAUGCACACACCUCAAUACAGUUUAGGGAAGAGGCAGAGACAGAGGAAGGUACAGGAAGUGCAAAUGUUAAUUUACCUUUUCCACAGAUGAAUCAUCAAGAAAAACCUCCAGAAGACAACCUAACAGAACUGAUGGCAUUUGUUCUCUUGGGCUUUGCUGACAUGCCCCAACUCCAGUGGUUUCUUUUUGGAUUGUUUUUAAUCAUCUAUAUUAUUAUCCUAAUGAGCAAUGGCACCAUAUUUCUAAUAACAAAAAUGGAUCCUGCUCUCCAGAGCCCUAUGUAUUUUUUCCUAGCAAAUUUUUCCUUCUUGGAAAUCUGCUAUGUAUCGGCUACUCUUCCCAGAAUGCUGAUGAAUCUAGGAACCCAGAGACGAAGAAUUUCCUUAGUUGCCUGUGCUACACAGAUGUGCUUUGUCCUCAUGUUUGGAGCCACAGAAUGUUUGCUCCUGGCAGUGAUGGCCUAUGACCGCUAUGUGGCCAUUUGUAACCCUCUGCACUAUCCUCUAGUCUUGAACCACAGAAUCUGCAUUCAAUUGGUGACUGGCUCCUGGACCGCUGGAAUCCCAGUUCAGAUAGGGCAGACAUAUCAGAUUUUCUCUCUGCCUUUUUGUGGAUCUAACCAAAUCAACCACUUCUUCUGUGAUAUUCCCCCAAUACUCAAGCUGGCUUGUGGGGACACCUUUGUAAACGAGAUGUUGGUCUACAUAGUUGCUGUGUCACUUGUCAUGGUUCCCUUUCUGAUGAUACUUGGCUCCUACAGUAAAAUCAUCUCCAUCAUCCUGAAGUUACCAUCAGCCAAAAGUCGAGCCAAAGCCUUCUCAACUUGCUCAUCUCAUCUUACGGUUGUGGUGUUAUUCUUUGGAUCAGGCAUUACUACAUACUUAAGACCCAACACCAGACACUCAGAAAGAGCUGACAAAGUUCUAUCUCUUUUCUACACUAUCCUAAUUCCUAUGUUUAAUCCCAUAAUAUAUAGUCUAAGGAACAAGGAUGUCAUAACAGCACUGAGAAAACUACAAUGUAAAUAAUUCAUUUUAUUAAAUGUAUAAGAAUUGCUUUCUUACAUAUUUUUAACCAAAUUUCAACAGAUGUAUACUUUUAAUUAUGAUUUAUGUUAUGGAUUGAUUAAGUCCCUUAAAAAUGUGUGUCAACUUGUCUAGGCCAUGAUUCCCAACAUUGUGUGACUGCCCACCAUUUUGUAAAAUGAUUUGGAAGGGUCUACAAGGCAAUGGGUUUGGUUUGGUGAUUUUCCUAUGUGUAGUAAAUUCUACAUCGAUGACGUUAAUGAGGCAGGGUUAGAGGUAGUUAUUUUCAUGAUGCAGGACUCAAUCUACAACAUUAGGUUUUAUUUUGAGUCAAUUCUUUUGAGAUAUAAAAGAGAGAAACCAACAGAGAGACAGGGGGCUUCCUACCACCAAGAAUGAUGAACCAGAAUGGGAGUGUGUUCUUUGGCCCAGUUUCCCUGAGCUGAGAAGCUCCUAGACCAGGGGAAGAUUGAUGAAAAGGACCUUCCUCCCAAGCCAACAAAAAGAAAAGCUUCCCCUAGAGCUGUCACCUUGAAUUUGGAAUUCUAGUCCCCUAGACUGUGAGAAUAAAUUUACCUUUGUUAACCAACAUACUUGUGGUAUUUCUAUUAGAGCAGCACCAGAUUACUAAGACACUUUGUCUCUCCAUACAAUUAUUUCCAAAUUUAAAAUCAUUUUUAAUAUUGUCAGAACUUUCUGCUCAAAUUAUAUAAGUGAUAUAUGUAUCAGCAGAUGGUAAAUCAUUUCUGUAGUAAUUAUAUAAUUUUGUUGUGCAAUGUGCAGUGUGUUCAAUAGAACUUUUACUUGGGCUGAUUUAAUUUAGUCAG